GUGUGUAGUGACGUCACUCGCGAAGUGUCACGCGGCGUCAGCAUUCUGCGGUGGUUUCUGUAAACUCUCCGUGUCUGGUCGGCGUCUUUAAUAAUUUCAAAUAAAUUGGAGUUAUUCGCGGUCAGUUAUUUCGGAUAAGUAUCGCGAAACGUUUGUAGAGGACGACAAAAGUUACGGCCGUCAUGGAGAGCUACGACGUGAAGCUGUACGUCUACGACCUGUCCCGCGGCAUGGCCCGGCAGAUGAGCCUGCCGCUACUGGGGAAACAGCUGGAGGGGAUUUGGCACACGGCCGUGGUGGUGUUUGGCCAGGAGUAUUUCUACGGCGGAGGAGGCAUUGAGUGCUGCCAGCCGGGAGGAACGGUGCUCGGAUCCCCGGACUCGGUGGAGGAGCUGGGACAGACGCAGGUGACAGAAGACAUCUUCCUGGAGUACCUGUCGGGGCUCGGCGAGGACGCGUUCAACGGUGAGCGCUACCACCUGUUCAAGCACAACUGCAACACGUUCAGCAACGAGGUGGCACAGUUCCUCACCGGCCGCCCCAUCCCGGCGCACAUCACGGAGCUCCCCGACGAGGUGCUAGCCACCCCAUUUGGACAGAUGAUUCUGCCGCUGCUGGAGGGGAUGCAGGUGUCGGCAGCCGGGGGUCGACCGGUGGGGACACGUGGCUCCAGCAAUCUGCAGUGACAUCAUCAGCGUCGUCGUCGUCGUCAUCGUCGUUGUCGUCAUCAUCAUUGUGAUCCGGUUAUAACUACGCAUGUAGCCCAUUCAUCGUCCCGUCAAUUGGAAUCGGUUCUCAGGCCCACAACGCACUCGUGCGCAAGAGAAUCGAUUGCUGACAAUUUAUGCAAAAUGUUCUAGAAAUUGUAGGCAAUUUUCGUUUCGCGCUAACGGAACGGACGUGACGCAGCGUAGGAUGCGGACAGGAUAGACGGGCCGUCAUCUCUGCUGUGCGGACCAGAGGUCAUGUGGAGCAUGGGUCUCGGAGGUAGCUCUGUUAUAGCCGCUUCCACGGGACGUUUUCUAACACUCCGGGAGAAAUUGCAAUGGAUUCUCUGUCUCGUGACACGAUGCCGAAUGUGCUUUCGGGAUAAGAUCUUGAUUUAUUAACGACUACAGCAAAAUUAGACGGGACAGAUCGUACAUUCAAGCGGGGAGUCAUUUCAGCUGCGUUUGUCUCAAGUUGGCACCGCCGCACCAGGUAGACAUGUCGCUAUGGCCGUGGCGACUACUAGUCACGUGAUGCCCCCACUCCAGUCGAGCAGCGACUUGGACAAACAUAUUUGGCGACAGGUUAAGAAGCCGUGCGCACAGGACAAACGGCACGGACAGGACGGACGAGACAGACAUCGCGAAAAUGACGGGCGAUAGAAACGAGCAGGAUAGUUGAUAGUUUAAUCGAUCCGUGACCUUGAAUUGUGAGAUUAUUGAAUCGCUAAGGAGGGGUGUGGGAGGGAAUACAUGCCUAGUCAUGAGGAUCACAGUCGGCAACGUCAUCAUCAUCAUCGUUAGUGGUUGUAGAUCACAUUACCUUAAUUUCCAUCCUGACGUCGACAGGUUUUUAAAUGUUUAUAAUUGGUUAAUAUAUACUGUAACAUACGCACACGAUAACGAGACGAAACUCCAGCCCUUGCAGUCCGUCCUGGGCCUCGUUGACUCAGCACUGGGGAGACAAAGGCGGCCGGGCGUGGUGCUGGCAACGCCACCCCUCCCCCCUUCAACUCGCGUGCCAUGCCGACCUAAAUAGUUGCUCGCUCAGAGCACUUGCCCCAACAGCUCGUGUAAUCUACACGGGGGACCUUUGUCUUUACGUGUGCAGCCCACGUAAUGUGGAGAGUGCCGAUUCACGUGAAGACAAAGCUCUGGUGGGGUGGGGGGUGGGGGCGUUGGCUGGAGCCUGUGUGGUGGUCCGCAAGUACUGGAGCGUUGGAUCUCUGCUUCCGAGCGACCGUAGGGCUUUGAACCCGUUGGUGGUAUUUAACGAUGCGUGCGUCUUGCAAUAAGCGAAUGAAACGUGUUCCUCGGGUCCCCUUCGCCGUUGGCCGCACGCGCACGCACGCAGCACGCCGAGUGUCGUGAAGGAAGACCGUCCGUGUGCAUAGAUUCUUCCAAUGUUUAUCCCGACACGCACACGCACGCGCGUCGUCUCCUUUGCGAGUGGUUCAGUUGGGCGGCGCGCGGCCGUCACGUUCUGGCAGCUUUCUUAGCAUCCUGAAGAAGCCUCUUCAGCAGAACGUCGGACUUUAUGGUGGGGCACGUCAUGAAAACCCAGGAGCACAGCCCCCUGGUCUCCAGCAGCUGGAAUUGUUCCCGGCCGUUGCCGAGCCGCGUGGCGUGGCGUGCGUGUCAUGGCACAGGUGGCCCGAGAGAUUUGAUUUCGAUUUCUUUUUUUACUUUUGUGAACCUAAUAGGAUUUUUGUUGUUAACGUUACGUUUAAACGUCCUCUCUACAUAUUAUAUGCAUAUAUAAAAACGUAACAUUGUAUUGAAAUGUGGCUAUUCUACAAAGGAGUAUGCUCAGCUAGGCCGCUCGCCCGAAACGUCGAGCGGCGACUUUGUACGCUUCCCCGCUUACCGUUGGCGAUUUUAUUUUUUGCACAAAUUCCAUGGAGCCCGUCCCGUGGGAUGGCCGGCGCAGUGUGGCGCACGCGCGAGUUCCGGCACCGGAGCGCCACGCCCAGGCACCGCGAGCCUCUCGUGUGCACGGUGCGUUGAACUUCUUCCGCACAGUACGCAGCCAACGAACUCAUCGGAGGUGCGGCGGGGGCGGGGGGGGAGGGACGGCAAACUAAAGACAAAGAGCAGUUGCAAAGAAAUGAGUUUUCAAUCGAGAUGAUUUAAAAGUGCACAGCUCCCAGCGGCUUCCCGAUAUCGGAAGAGCGUUCCAGACGGCCGCAGAAGCGCCUCUGAAAGCGCCGCGCGAUGAGGCAUGCCGUCUUUGUUCGAUGACUGUGCGGGUGUUGUAUCCCCCUCGUGGUGCGUGGGGUUUCUCUGGGUGCUCUGGUGUCCUCCAAUGUUCAGGAUAAUUCUGAAGGAAACCGUCCAAACAUGCACAAAACACAGAAUCAUUCCUCGAUAAAUAAAGGGAGCUCACAAGAAUAAUAAUUCGUGCAAAGCAACGAUCAGGUCUGCAAGUUAAAAUCCUGGUCAAGGUGCGACUCAGCCUCUCAACCCUUAGUCUGGUCCCCGGCAUAGUAAUGUGGAAUUUCCACCUAGAUUGAUGGGCCCACGCUCGUGUGAGCGCAUGGAGGAGCGUUGCCAUGUUAGACGCGAGUGUUGAUUCGUGUUCGUCAUUGCCAAGGCACUGACAUGCGCCCCCCCCCAACAAUACACAACCAGUGAGAACACCCCCCCCACCAUCAUCGUGCUGCUGUCAAACCCCCAAUGGUUUCAAAUGGUGCGACGGCCCUCGCACGGAUGAUGUCUUCUUCUUGGUUCUUUCGGUAAAGUCACGUAGAAUGGAUUUAAUAAAAAAUAAAAAAAUUCUCACGUUUCGGCCACAACGCAAGCAGCCGUCCUUGCGUUGUGGCCGAAACGUCGUGAGAAUUUAAUAGUUAUAUUUUUAUUAUUUUAUUAUUUACAUUCUACGUGACUUUACCGAAAGAACCAAGAAGAUGAAUCCCUGCAGUCACGAAAGCUUUAAAUCGAAAUGUCUUAUCGGCGAAAGCGCCCCUCCCCCUCCCUCUGAAAAUGAGUUUGGCACGUGUUCGUUGCCGUAUGGCAGGGUACGGGGAAGUUUGACCCACGGGCCGGACGCGAUCCGAGACUUCCAUUUCACAUGACUCCCGCGGCCACGUGAGGCCAACCCCUUCUCAACCAGCACCCGCAAACGACAUUUACCUACCGUCGCCGCGAGCAUCUUCGCUGCGAGCAUCGGGCACUGGGGGUAAGGAGCAUUUUCAACGUGACAACGCUCGUGUUUCUCGUGGUAUAAAUUCGCCGAGUCGCUUGUCAAGAGCCUCCUGCACGUACAAAAUGUGUUGUUAUAUGGUAAAGCCAAGCUGUAUGUUCAUUUAUCAUUGCCCGCCAAAGGUAAUUUGAAAGUCCCAGUUUAUCCCUCGGUAAGGAAAAAGGCUCCCUGCCCCCCAUGCCUUAUGGGUUUCUGCUGCUGCUGCUGUUCCCGUUGUAGCUGUGACAUUUCUCUAAUAAACUUGUCGUGGGGAUGUAC